GGUCCGGCUCAUUCAGUGCUUGGCUUCAUGGAAUCGGCGCGGUGUAGUGUUUUGUGCGCAGGUAGUGACUUGGUGGAGGGAUAUAGGAUUAGCUUACUUCAAAGCACAUCAAAGGGCGCGUAGUUAUAUCUCAAUAAGAGCAGACGACACUUUAAGCAAAAUGGAAGCUACGAAAGCGAGCAGACGAGAAAUGAAGGAAAUUGAAGACUUUGUGAAAGAUUGAAAUUUAAGGAAAGGAUUUUUAAGUGGGACAGAGAUUUAGUUAACUAUGUUGAAUGUGUUUCCCCUCUUGGCGGGGGUAUGUGUCUGUGUGGGGGUGGGGGUAGCGGGCACGGGGAGAGGAACGGCGUUCCGGAACGAUUACCUCGUGUCCGACAGGGCAGACGAAUAUGAUCCAGAAGAUUUUCCUAAUCUCAGCACAAAUGGAGACGAGGAAAUACGAACGCGACCCCCGCUUGACCCCAAAGGCAGCUGGUUAGAAUUCGUCCGCCAUUCAGACAGGAUAAACAAUAGGAAAAUGUCAAAGAAUAAACGGAAGAAAAAAAGAAAAACAUUGGUAAGAAAGACAAGCCAAGGCUCCCUUUUGCGUUCCUCUGAGCCGAAGGCCCAACACGGCCCCAUAGGUCCCCCCGGCCCGCCUGGCCCCCAGGGUCCCGCAGGUCCCCCCGGGGCGGUCAUCACCAAGGAGGAGAUGCUGGCAGAGUUCAGAACAAUGGUGAAAGAGGCUGCGGAAAAGAGAGCAGAAGAAUUAUUAACAGAGAGAUGCGAAGCCUGCAGUUCCCUCCUGAACGGAAGUUACGUAUUACCACCGGAAGUGGAUGAGGUGCUGCUCGUACCACGGGUCACAGUGGCAUUCCACAUGCGCCUGCGCAGUAACAUCAUCGUUGCUCGGAGGACUUUUAUGGAGCUGAAAAAUUUUCACCAGCCGUUUGGUGGCGGGGCUUUCCACAGAGGGGAUGUCUUCAACGCCCGAGACGGCCGCUUUGUGGCACCACGUGAUGGGGUCUACCACUUUGCUGCUAAUUUGCAUAUUCAAAUCAAGAAGAAGGGUCGAGGCAGCAAACGUUUGAGGAAGCGGGACAACAUCAAGGUCCAAGUCUGCAUAGACUCAUUGUGCCAGAAAAACACGUCCCUCGAGUACGUAACGGGUCUCGAGACCAACAGCAAGCUCUUCACAACCAGCGUCAGUGGACUGUUGGAACUAAAGGCCGGGCAGUAUGCAUCAGUCUACAUGGAUAACUCUUCCGGUAUCGUUGUCAGGAUACAGAACGGAUCAGACUUUACUGGGAUUCUCUUCGGCGUUUAGCAGUGCAUGCCGGGACAUGUGACGUCACUACCUCUUUGACAUUUUGUCAUGAAUCUGAGCAGAAACAAUUUCAAGAUCACGUGACUUGGCACGUCGUUUAACACUGCUGCAUUUACCUCGUAUCGCGGUUCCCCAAAGGUUGUGAAAGGAUUGUCACGUGAUCGACCUUUGCUGCUCUUUCCGGCUGCUGGUGAUAUACAACAUGGCCUCCGACCAGGUUACGAUUGUUUUGUCUGUAUAUUGUUGAGCUAGUCCAUGUUGUGUGAAGGCGAGAAAGAACACCUUGAUGGUUACUGAUCACAUGACAAAACAGGUGACUUGAAGGUUGAUCACAUAUGGACAUGAACUGCCAGAAAAGGUCAUGGUGAUUCUUGAUGGGUGUUUUGAAUUCAGAUUGACCGUGAAGUUAAAGAAGAAUGAAUUUAAAGAAUACAUAUCAAGUUCUUAACAAUCACAAACGAACGUGUGGAACUCCCCUGGUUGAAAUCGACGAACCCUUGUUGAUGUGUGUCGGGCAGUCAAGUUGUUUAGGUUCACGGUUCGACACCAAAUCAUGACGCAAAGCUAGGCACGAGGACUGUUGCCUAUGUGAACAAUGACUUAUAAGCCAGGUGUUGUGAAUAUUCAGUUCUACGUAUAUAGCGACAUUUUGACAUCACCGAUGUAUCUACUUUCAUCUGCCUUACAUCAGUAGCCCGAAGCUUCAGGCCACGUUUCUAUGGCGACUAUAAUGGUAUUCCUUCGUGAUAGUAUUCCUUGAUAAAUCCGCAAAGUAGAGUUGACAGUGAACAGGAAGUAAUAUGCGUCCGUGACACUAUCAAAAAACACAAAGUUCGUGAAAUUAAGUUUUUAAAGAACGCCAGUUACGGGAUCUGAAGUUUCGGACUACUUCAAUGUCCCGACUCCAUGUGACGUUUAUAUAUUUCUGUACUCUGAGUCAUCGGUUAAUAGAAUGCAUGAACACGUGAUUUAUGACCUUCUUUAGUGAUUGUAUAAAACUAUUUAUUGUCAUAGGAAUUACCGUGCUUUGCGUUGUUUUGUUUUUAAUAACUUAAAGAGAUCGCCUACCCUAAACUCUUUAACCCUGGGGUCGCUGACAGCGACAAAGUGAAUGAGUAAGUAUAGUUUUACGCCGUUUUUAGAAAUUGGCAUUCCGGUAAUAUCCAGCAGAAAAAGGGCUGCACAC